AUGAAGAAUAAUCAAUCGAAAACAGUUAAUAACAAUAAUAAUAUUAACAACAAUAACAAUAACUUGCAUUAUAUACACAUCAACACUAACAACAACAACAAUAACGCCGGCUACAAACUAUCCAAAUCCGCCUCGUCGCCCAAUCAUCUCAUUGCCCCGCCAUCUAAGAAAGGUUUAAAAUCCAAAUCUAAAUCUCAUCGCUUAGUUGGUCGCUCGUCCAGCAACGGCAAUUACAACAACAACAACAAUAAUAAUAGCAAAAAUCACGGCGGAAAAAUGGGCGGGGGCACCAAAGAUGCCCGUCGCGGCUUAGAACCCCUGGAGUUCGAAGAAUGCAUUGUCGAUAGUCCAGAAUUCCGCGAUAAUCUAAAUCGUCAUGAAAAGGAGUUGGAUCACACUAGUCAACAGAUCAAGCGGAUCAUCAAGGAGGUCAAGGAUCUAAUGAGUGCUGCAAAAGGUCCAGGAUUCUACAAGUAUCCCGAAGAAGUCUUGGUUAUGGCCUCGCUUUCGACAAGUACCCAUCUUUCGAUAUUCCUAGCAGAGGUGGAUAUGAAAUUGUUUAAAUGUCGAUUGAUGUCCGUUGACAUGGAUGUUUUAAG